AUGGCGAGUGGUCCGCCCUACAACGGUUACCAGGUGCCACCUGGCCCGGGAAUGCCUUACCAGGCUGCCCCACCACCAACGCAGCAGUACUCGCAAUCCCCUCACUCUCAACAAUACUCUUCACCUCCAACUCAUCAAUAUGUUCCCAGCCAGCAACCGAAUUAUCAGUCGCCUCACCCAGGCAACGAGCAGCAGGCCUACCAAAGCCCGCAGCCGCCUCCUGCCCAGUAUGCGCAGUCACCACAAGGCGUGUCUCAGCAGUACGCGCCGGCAAAACAGCACAAUUAUCAGUCCCCUCCUCUGCCAAGCCACUACCAGGUGAACCAGCCCGCGCAAUCACCUCAGGUCCAGCAUGCCCAAUCGCCACAGGGUCAAUAUCCCCAGCAGCAGACGCCCACGUACGGUGUCGCAGCCCCACCAACACCUGCCCAGCACCAGCAACAGUACCAGCAACAGGCAGCUCAAUUCGCGACUCGACCCUCUGCUCAAGCCCAGCUACAGUCAACCGCUCAAUCUCUUUUCAAGUCUGGAAAAGGUAUUCUGGGAAAUCUCGCCAGCAACAUCAAGUCAAAGUACCCCGCUUCCUCACCUUCCGGUCCUCCCGCAAGUUCUGGGACUUCGUACACUGGUGAAGCACCGAAGCCGACGUACAAUCCAGCGCAGCAUCCUACGCAAACGCCUUUGAGCCCGACAAACUCAUUUCCUCAAGGCUAUGGCCAAACUCAGCCUCAGCAUGCAUAUGCCAAUCAGGUGCCGCCGACACCGCAGCAGAGCGUCCCGCCCACUGCUCCAGGCUACCAUCCGACUCAGCACCAAGCAGCGCCUGCGACAUCCCUAGGUCAGCAACCCAGCGCGCCUGGUCAACCGCCUUACCUAAGCUGGCAAGAGCGUUUAGAGGCUGCUCAGCAUCCCAGUGCGAACUUUCAACAAUCGCCGCACGUGGAUGUUCACGCAGGGGCACAGGGCGUGGUACCUCAGCCUCAGCCGCAAGUUCAAUCACCAUCAAGUGCUUCACCAUAUCCACAGCCCGUUUUACACCAUCAGCAGUCGAAUCCGUACCAACCUACGACAGUACAGCCUGCACAUCAAUAUGUUCCACAAGGAGCGGGCUCUGCCGCCUCACCUGGGUACGGCCAGAACCCUCCGCAAGCGCUUUCACCGCAUCAACAGCACCAGAGUGCUCCUCCUCAGCUCCAACAACAGGCAUCAUGGCCGCAACAGGGAAGUGUGAGUACUUCGUACAACCCAGCACUGCCAUCACCUCCUCCUCCGCCGCAGACAGCUCCCCAAUCUGGUCCCCCAGUUGGUCCUCCCAAUCAUGGCUCUCCUGCUCUCCAGCAACAGCUACAGUACCAACAGCAUGCUGGUGCGACCAAUCCUCAAGACCCAACAGCGACCCAGCAAGCUGCUCACGAGUCGCCGUACCAAGCUACUCCAGCUAGUGCUACGCACAACCCGCAUCAUGUCCUUCUGCCCCAGCAGCUUUCUCAGAGUCCCCCUCCCCAAGGAUACCCGCAACAACAGGUAUCGACUCCUUACAACCCAGUGGCCGCUUCGGGAAUGUCGCCCGCCGCGCAUGCCGUGCCUGUCCCAAUAGCUCAGAGUGUUCCCAUGAGCCAACCGCAGGGCUCUCCUGCAACGCAGUCACCUCACAAGCAACACCAGAGCCCACCAGCGGCAGCAACUCAGCAUGAGCAAGCGCCUUUUCAGGGUGUUUCUGGACCCCAGGGACAGUAUUACACCCCACAACAGACGCAAGUUCCUCAGACUGGAGGUGUCCCCGGCAGUGUCCAGCCGAUUGCUCCCCCAAAUCAGACUCACAGCUACCCGCCUCCACCACCUUUGCAGCAACCGCAGCACGAUGUACACUCUGUCGCUACCCCGGCAUCAAGCCAGUACCAGCCGUACAGUCCACCGGUCGACCAACAGGCGCCACCGGCAACGUACCCGCAGCAUCCUGAAGUCGCAGCUACGAGCUCUUCAGCAUCUCAGCCGUAUACGUCGCCUCCUCAUCUGCCGCACCCAGCUGGUGUGAUCAACCAUGGACAAGUGCCUGCAAAUGCCCCGCCCAAAGUUUCAGGUCAGCAGUUCCAACCGUACCAGCCUGCUCCCGAGAUGCCAAACUCUCAGCUCCCACCGGCGAAUGCGAAUAACGUACCCCCCCAACCCGCUGCUUAUGGCUACCAAGAAGAUCCUGUCGCUUCUCUCUCUGCCCAAAUGAACAAUCUGAACGUCCUGAAUAGUGGUCACCCUCCAACGGUACCCAAUAAUAACCCGACCGCACGUCAGGAUGGGCCUCGGGGACCGCCCCCCUGUCAAGCUACAGGCAUGUCCAGCGACAUUCUCCCAUACUGCCCGGAAGACAGAUCCGUAAGCUACUCGCUUGAUUGGUAUCGCUUCAUUGCUGUGCCCCAGUAUCUCAUUUGCACAAGGUGCUAUACCGACUAUGUUCAGAGGACUCAUCUCGCGGGCCACUUCGAGAGGUACCAUUCGCCUGAGGGCACAGAAUCGAAGUGCGGCUUCUGGUCUCCUCGCGCGAGAGAGGUGCUUUGGCCACAGGCCCUUCAGACGAACGACGUCAGGCCUCUACAGGUAUGGAUGGAGAAGAGCCUGACUCUGAAGCCCUGUAAGGGUAGGGUAUGGACAACCGCUGCCGACGAGAUCAAGUGGUGGGGUAUGGUCAACAACGAGAUCGAUGGAUUCAUUUCGUGCGAUGCCUGCUACGAGGAUAACGUUGUCGGCACGCCCUUCGAGUCUCGGUUCCAACCUUACCGUCAACAAGCACAAGACGAAAAGUGGAUGUGUGAUUUAUGUAUACCUUACAUCGCCAAAACAGCAGUCAAAAUGGCAAAGCAAAAUCACUGGAAUGGCUUUGUCGAAGCCGCGAAAGCGCGCGUUCAUCUUCCUGUGUGCGAAGGUAGAGAUGAGGAGUCUAAUAACGGACAUUGGAUGCUGCCGCGACGCAGGAUCAAGGACCUGACCAUCUGUGAGGCAUGUUAUCUGGAUAAACUCGCCUUGACGCCAUUUGGCAACGAGUUUGAACGUCACAUACGUGCAGAAGGCUUUGACGCCUUCGUCGAGUCAAUUGGCCAGAGAUGGAAGUGUAAGCUCACUGAUACCGCAGUAAACAUGAGUAUCGCGCUCGAAGCAGCCAUUUAUCGUCGAGACUUUGACGUGUUCUGGAACGCUGCCAAUGCCAUCGUGGGUCUUGUCCCAUGCACUAUUCACGGCAUCGUGCGUGGCAAUUGGUGGACUGUCGCGGGAGGGUGUGACGACUUCGAUGUUUGUGAGGCUUGCUAUAAGGGAGUCGUCGAGACGUCUGGUCUCGAAAAGUUCUUCGAGCCUGCCCAGCGCGAUCAGACUGUCGACAUCGUUUGUAACUUUUGUCCAGGUUCUCCUCGAUGGGGCUCGUUUAUCACCAAGUUCGCCGAAGCUCUUGACAAAGGUGUCUUCAGUCACUACUCCGACUACGUCAGGAAAUGGGCUGGAGUGCCGACAUGUCCAGGGAUCAAGAACAGAGGGAAGAGUAAAUGGUGGGGUCACCCAGAAGCUCUGGCCUGCCAGGACUGUUGGUUGAACUUUGUGGCCGAUACGCCCUUGGGAGAUUCCGUUCCUGUAAAGGGCGUUUACGAUGAACGUACCUUGAUCUGUCAGCUAUGGUCUCCAAGAAUGCGCAACAUGUGGCUCGCAGCUUGUGCCGCCGGACCUCCUGGAUCACCCGAGUCGCAAAAGGCUCUUGACGAGUUCAAAGCAUUCGGAUCGAGGCGUGUGCAAGUGUACAACGCGACAGUACCUCACAUUGAGAUGAUACAGCAGAUGCAGAUGAUGAAGCAAAUGCAGGCUAUGCAGCAGGGACAACUGAGCUUGAUGUACCAGGGUAUGAAUGGUAUGGCAGCUAUUAGCGGUACUACGGAUGGGUACUUGCAUGGCAAUAGUUCUGUCGGAUACUACGAGACUGAGCAUGGGGUCACGGCGGCGAAUAUGAUGAAUAACAUGCAUGCUGGGAUGGCGGAUGCAAAUAAGAUGAGUGAUUGGCAAACGAUAAUGCAGUUGCAAGCCACUUGGAUGGAGGUUGAGUAG